AAAAUAAAGCCAGAGGUGUUGCCUUGCGUCGGCCUUAUGAGCAAGGCUGGCUGGUUUCUUCCGCUUUUUACUCCUGUCUUUCUGCCUGUCCCUCCUUGACUCCCCUCCCCCAGGUGGAUUCUUGCAGAGCUGCUCAGUUUCAAGCUAAGUCUGCAGCGGCUGGGAUGCGCAUAGGCGAUGAAUGACUCCGCUGCUGCUAUUGCACGUGCCCAGAAGCCAUACCGGGCAUCAUCUCCAGAGCCGGCCGGAUCCCAAAGCUGCUGCCGCUUCCGUUCCCCGAGCUAAGCCGCUCAGCUGUCAAUGUCCAUAGGGGCUUGCUGGUGCAGCUGCUGCUUCGGAGCGCGGGAGGGAAGAGGCGACGCGAGGAGCCCCCUUGGUCUCUGCUGCUCUUUCCCUGGAGGAGGAGGAGAAGGAGGGAGAGGGAGACCAGGAUGCUGCGCGAGCCGCCGCCGUUGCUUUGAACUAUGGAAGGAGUUCUGUACAAGUGGACCAAUUAUAUCACAGGUUGGCAGCCUCGCUGGUUUGUUCUAGAUAAUGGGAUAUUGUCUUACUAUGAUUCACAGGAUGACGUCUGCAAGGGCAGUAAAGGAAGUAUAAAGAUGGCAGUGUGUGAAAUUAAAGUUCAUCCAACAGACAGCACAAGAAUGGAGUUAAUUAUCCCUGGGGAACAGCAUUUCUACAUGAAAGCCGUCAAUGCAGCUGAACGACAAAGGUGGCUGGUGGCACUGGGAAGCUCAAAAGCCUGUUUGGCAGACUCCAGAACAAAGAAAGAAAAAGAAAUUAAUGAAACCAAUGAAUCUCUGAAAACCAAAAUGUCUGAACUUCGGCUCUACUGUGACCUCUUAAUGCAGCAAGUGCAUACAAUACAAGAAUACGUUCACCAUGAUGAGAGUCACUCAUCGCCAAGCAUUGAGAAUAUGAAUGAAGCUUCCUCCUUGCUCAGCGCCACCUGCGACACAUUUAUCACGACACUGGAAGAAUGUGUGAAAAUAGCUAAUGCCAAGUUUAAGCCGGAAAUGUUUCAGUUGCCACACCCGGAUCCCCUAGUCUCUCCUGUGUCUCCGUCACCCGUACAAAUGAUGAAACGUUCUGUUAGCAACCCAGGAACUUGUAAUUCAGAAAGGGGCAGUCACUCGGUAAAAGAAUCAAACGCUUCAUCCCACCGAUUAUCACAGCGGUGCAGAAGAACGUUGUCAGAUACAGAGCCUUCUACAGAUCCUCAACUUGAAGAUACAGACAGACAGACCUACAGUCCCAGAGGUACUCUCAACGGGGAUUUGGUGCCUUCAGCCAUUCCUGAAGCAACUUUCGCAGUGUCUAAGAAACAAUCCAGGCUUGAAGAGACCCUCCCACCGACUUCCUGAGGAAAGAAAAGGACCAGCUUUCUCUAAGUAACGCUAUGCAAAAGCUCCUGUUAAUUCUACUAUUGUAGGAAGGAGUUAGUUCCCCAUCUGAAGGAUUUCUCUGCACUUUAUAGAAUAAUGUAAAAACAAAACAAAAACUAAUUUUGAGGUGUAUUUUAUCUUUGUAUAGUUUAUUUGCAAGAGUAUUUUCCUAAAAAAAAAAAAAAGAACUUCAGUUUGUGUGUUUUUGAAACAAAUUUAUGGUUUAACUAAAAAGUCAGUAUCCCUGUUCAGUGUAGCUUUUUCUUAAUGUGCGGUAAAUGCUCAAACAGCAAGUCUGGCAAUGUGAAAUUUGGUACAAUUUGGGGAUGAGGGAAAGUUGUAUCAUAGAUCCAGCUGGUCACUUGAUUCUGUAGUAGCUGGGCAGGUUCAGCAUCUCUUAGAGGGCACGUUUUUCUCCUGUUGGACUCUGUGGCAAAGCUACUAUUUGGUUUUUGUGGUUUAAGAGUGCAGCGUUCAUUUCACUGGCACGCUUGCUUACAUUAAAGCGGAGACUGCAUUCCUAAAUUAAAGCACGUUGGUUAGCAUAUUUCUUUGCUUUCCUUAAAAAAAAAAGCAAACUUAUAUAAAGGGGUAUAGUGCACCCGAAGUCCUACUGAAACCAAUGGGACUUGAGCAUACUCUUUAGCCAAACUUAAGCACCUUAAAAUCCCAUUGGUUUCCCUGAGAAGGAUUUAAACACACACAUAACUGUACCAUUGAAGUCAGUGAAGCUAUACUGUGUUUUGUUUUAGCCGGAUUCUGCUUAAAUUCCAUCAGAAAUAGUCUGGUGGCACCUUGAAGAGGACCAUGUUCAUUCUUGCAUGAACGUUCGCAGUCCAGAGACCUCUUUGCAGGGCUUUUUUUUUUAGAAGGAGCUUAUUUGAAUAUUAGGCUAAAGCCCCAUGAUGUAGCCAGCAUGGCCAAUGGCUGGGGCUGAAGGGAGAUGUAGGCAAAAAACUGGGGCUGAUGGGAGUUGUAGGCAAAAAACAUCUGGAGACCUACCAUUGGCCACCCCUGCUGUAAAAGCUUACAGUAGGCCCUGUAAGAAGAGCCCUGUAAGCUCUUGGAAGAUUGGCUACAUCAGUGGGGUGUGGUUUAAUAUGCAAAGGAGUUCCUGCUACAAAAAAGCCCUGCCUCUUUGUCAGACGGAUCCCACAAACUGGCCCACGAAAAGGUUAUGCCAGAAUAAAAAUGUGUUGGUCUUCAAGAUGCCCCCAGACUUUCUAUUUAUUUUUGCUUGUUUAUUUUGCUGCAACAAACUGACACGGCUUCUCCUCUGGGCUUGAAUUCUGGGGUUUGGGAUUCUUUCCCCCUACCGGAACUUAGAGCAUCUCUGGCUUGUACUUAAAAUUUGGUCCUUAUUUUUUAGCCAGUCAAAAUAAUGCAAGAUGUGCAGUAUUUUUCUAAACAUAUCUGUAUACAAGGUGGUAUAACUAUACAUGGACAAAAGAUAUUUUGACAUAUUUGUUAUAUUUCUUUUUGCAUCCCCCCCCCCCAAAAAAAGCCUACCUAACGACAUUACUGAACAAAGGAAAGAUGUAAAAAUUGUGCUUAAUUGUUGUUGAGGUGUGUUGCAUCACUAAAUAUCAUUGUAGCAUUUUUAUUUUGUUUUAAAAUCAUUGGGUACAAUCUAGCCACAGUUAUUCAAUUGCAAGUCCUCUUGAUUUCAUUGGAAGAAUAAAGCCCGUGUUUCUGCUUAACACCUGUUCAUUUAAUUAAAAGGGUAUAAAAUAUGCUUAACUCUGGCUGGAUUGUUCCCUUUCUCUACACUAAAAAUGAAAAAAAAAUGUCAUUGACGUGGCUUAUUACCAAAGUGUUAUUUUACUGCUGGUUUCUAAAAUACGAUCUUACAGCUGCUGUUGUAAUAUAUCCAUAUUUGCAGCGAUACCUUUAUUUAUGACCUAUUUAUACCAAAGGGGGGAGGGAAGGGUGGUUUCAUCAUUGUGAGUUCAAUAUAACUUCAGAAUGACAUAUAUGCGCUGCUGUGUUUUCAUCUCUUGUUUAACUGUAGCAUCAAUGACAAAUUCACUCUUGAGUGAGAUGAGAAUUGUGCUUUCAACUAGAGGACGAAGCGUGUUGCUUAGCCACCGCCUAGUUCAUAUGUUAUAGGUCCAGUUCGUCAGAAACCUCUCUUGUGCAAGCCAUUUUGCAAAAGCAAAAGUGAAUAAGCCGCAGAGGUUUGCAAAGAAGUUACUGAUGAAUUGCACCAAAAAUGAUGUUAGUGGUUUUGCAUUGUAAAUUCUUUGGUUUUGUAUUCACUUUGGGAUAAAUUUGGUAUAUAACGUCUUGGCCAUGGAGCACUUUUUUAAAAAAUUAAAGAUGUUUUUUUAGAAGUUACCUAAGUGUUCAAUAAAAUAUCAUUUUUACACUCAGA